UCUUCUUCUUUUGUGACAGUGCCACCGACUUAGCCUUGCCCAUUUUACCUGCCUCAUCCAACCUGUUGGAGUCCCCCAAAUCACAUAAACAGAUAUGGUACGCGGCAAAAGAAAUGAAGCAGAACGAGCUCUUCCUUCUUUCUCUCGACAGCAUCCCACUGCAUCAAGGAGAAGGAGAAGAGUGGAGGGUACUAGUGAGCCACUAGAUGUAUCAAAGGCAGUAGAUCCAUCUCUUUCAGAGCCAUAUGCCUCACCAUCUGUUGCCGUUGUUGCUGAUGCUACUGAGGCUAGUCAGCAAGAGCAACCAUCCGAUCAUGAUGAUAUUUCUGUUGGACCAUUACCUGGAGGCCUUGAGGAUCCAUCCAUUCUGAAAAGCUUUAAAAAUCACGUUGCGUUUGCAAUAUGGUUAGGAGAGGUAAUUUGGAUGCCGUAUUGGAGGGCUCGUGCACAUCACCCAUUACCAGAGAUUACAUUUUUCUCGGGUUGUUUGAAAUGUGAAAGUAUUAUCGAACCAUAUCAUCCUGAGAAGGUAUUACGACAGUUUGGAUAUGUACAAACUAUUCCUCCACCUCCAUUAUCACCUAUUGAAGCUAAGCAGGGUGCAGGUACGGCAUCAUAUCGAGUAAUAUAUGAAUUUAUUGACGAUAGUUGGAAUCGGUGGGAAAUUCAUUUAUUACCACCAUAUCGACGCGGUAGACCUUGUGAAUUUCCAUGGCACUUUACAUAUGAAUACUUACCGUAGUAUGGAUCUAUUACUCAUGCAUUGAUACAAAAUCCUGAACGUAGAUCAGGGUUCGAUAGAGGUGGCAAAGAUCUAAUUAGUCUUGUUGAAGCAGUAAGAUUUUAAGUUUAUGUUUAAGUUAUUAUUGAAUAUAGUUUAUUUAAAUCAAAAAAAAUAAUAUAUAUAUUUUUUUUCAGCGUAAUCGUGUUGCAUUACGUGCUCUCCAUCUUACCAUGUCAAGUGUAGAACCCGUAUCCUCAGAUGCAUGGAGAGAGACGUGUAUCCACGUAAACCGUAUUCUAUCAUCUUCUACAAGCUUCAAUCCAUCGCCCUCGUGUGAUGCUGCCGAACCCUCCACAUCUCGUACUUCUCAACCCCCAAUCAAGAUGAACAAGACUAAUUCAAGCACGAUGAGUAAGUCUAAUUCAAGCAGGAGCAGGAUGUAACAUUGAAUCAAUUAAUUAUUUUUAUUAGUACUUUUAUUGGCUGUAUUUUU